CCGAUGACGUCAUCGGACCAGCCAUUGUACUUGUUGUCGUCUGUCACAGACUUCAUAUUCCUCCAUGGUCUCUCUCUCUCUCUUCUCCCUGGCUGUCCUUCUUCCUCCUCUACUCUAACGUAGUGUAGUAAACUCUAUAUUGCUUCCAACACCAGUAACAUCUCUCCAGGCCGUCGCUGCUACACAGAAAAGCCACCGACGAGCAUAAACAACCUGUUUAUUUCCUUGGUCUUCACCACUUCGUAUUAUGGCCAUUCGGAUUAUCACCACUUAACCUCUUCCACCGAUGUUUUUCUUUCAUCCAUUCAUGGCUUACGCAUUCUGAACACAAACACGUCCUUCUCUAAGCCCGCACACCCGUAUACAACACCAACAGACAAAACACCCCAGCAAAAUAUAUAAAUACAUAUAAUACCAAUACAUACCCACACACACCAGGUUAAAGAUACAAGCCACCAAGCCACACACAGCCACACACAGUCACGCACACUUGUCCGAAUAUUUCACCAUUGCAUACACGCAACCACACAACAUACAAAUAAUAUAUCUCCGUAUUGCCAAGGCGUACAGUUCUCCCGUUGAGGAGGCACCAUGGCCAACAGUGGCCUUGUUGGAGGCCAUGGAAGUGCGUCUCAUAACUAUUCUUUCAAGAUUGUGUUGUUAGGUGAGGGCUGUGUGGGCAAAACCUCUUUGAUUCUUCGUUACGUUGAGAACAAAUUUAACGACAAACACUUCUCGACAUUACAGGCCUCUUGUCUAAAUAAAAAAAUCAACAUUGGUGGCAAACGAGUGAAUUUAUCUCUUUGGGACACUGCUGGUCAAGAGAGAUUCCAUGCUCUAGGACCCAUAUAUUACAGAGACAGCAAUGGCGCUAUAUUGGUAUACGAUAUCACUGACAUAGACUCGUUCCAAAAGGUUAAGAACUGGGUGAAAGAACUUCGCAAAAUGCUAGGGAAUGACAUCUGUUUGUGUAUUGCCGGUAAUAAAAUAGACUUAGAAAAAGAACGGCAUGUGUCUGUGUCCGAUGCAGAAAGUUAUGCAGAGUCUGUGGGUGCCAAACAUUUCCAUACUUCUGCCAAGCUGAACAAAGGAACUGAAGAACUCUUUUUAGACCUCAGCAAAUGUAUGAUUGAAAAAGCCGACAGCAAUUGUCAAAACAAAAGAGGAACAAACAACCGGAAGACCGUGAUGGUUGUGGAAGAUGAGCCGGCGGAGCGGAAGUCGAGUGGAUGCUGUUAAAAAUAAAAAAAAGAACAAAAACAAAAAUGGAAAAAGAAACAAAAAAUGUGUAUGUGGAGGUGUGUCCUGAUUUAUGUUGCUGCUAGUGCUGUUGUCUUCACCGUUCCUUCAGGAGGGAUGAAGAAAUAAGAAAAAGAAGAAAAAGAAAAAUGGAAAAGUCUUGCAAAGAGGAAAAAACACAGGAAAAAAAAUAAAAUAAAAUAAAAUAAAAUAUAUAAAUUAAUUAAUUAAUAAAAAAAAAAACACAAAAAGACACUUUUCUCCCAGAUUAAAUAACAACAAUAAUUAUACUAAUUAAUUAAUCUCGUUGAUAGUGAUGGUCUUUUGAGACCAAGAAGUCCUUCCUAACAUGACCUUUUCAUGGACUGUGUGAUUUCUUCUCGGUUAUAUGGCAUUAAAAGCUGCGGAACUUCUCUGUGGAAAAUUCCCCCAACCACCCUCAACCCCAAUCCCCACCCCCCACACUUAAUGAUGUCGGUAGCUCAGCAUCAAUGUUGUUGUUGUCGCUGGAUCACCAUGGAAACGCCACUCAUUAUAUGCAAAUUAAUAAUCCCUUUCUGAAGCCCGUUUAUCAUUAUUAUUAUUAUUAUUAUUAAUUCCUCCCAAUUUAAACACACAUAAUGACACACAUACACACACACGCGCACACACCUAUGAACAUGUCCAACAACAAUAACAACAGAGUUGAAAGCAGUAACAUCAUCAUCAUCAACAACAACAACAACACCACAUCAAUCCAAGCUGUUGUCAAAACAAUUUGGAGGUUUGCUAAAAUUUAAUUAGGAGUGUGAUCUCCUUCAAUCAGUGUUUAUGUGAUAUGAAUAAUAAAAAAAUAUUUUCUAUUUA